AUGGACGCCAGGUCCAAGCUCAGUCCAAGAAUGCUGAUGGUGAUGAGGGGUGUCAAUUCUGAGCUUGACUCUGGUAUGUCGCAAUCACCAAACUCCCUCAUCUUUACUAAGCAUAAACGAAUAUUGAUCAAUCAACCUCCAUCUAGUCCGCCUCCUCCUCCUCCUCCUUUAAAUCUAAACGGCUCGAGAAAAAGCCGUCACCAGCAAAUUGUAGCAGCAGAUCCUAAUCACACCUUGCAAUCUGACUCUAAUAAUUGCUCCUCCCACCAAAAAGAAGAUAUUUUACCUGCUUUGUCAUCGUCAUCACUGAGUGGUCAACCUCAGGUUCAAGUUACAGAGACUACUAGCAUAGAUAACGUGUUUCCACCAGCAAGAUCAACGCCUCAAAGGUGUUCAGUGUAUACCAGUGCAUCGUCGUCGAGUAUACAAGCUGCUGAUGCCACCACCACCACCACCACCGCUCCGUUUGAAACAGCUAGUGAGAUUAUUCAACUUUCUAUCGAAUCCAAUAUAAAUGUACAACAUCAGUCCACUCCUUCCACAAAUACUCAAGCUUUAUUUGUCCACUCUUCUUACUUGCAAAGCGGUUAUUCUACUGCCACCUCCGCCAACACCACCGCUUAUCAUCGACAUCUAAUCAAUGAGGAAUUACUGGAUUCGCUGCAAAUAGUAGUAAUAAACCCGGGUCAAGAAUAUCAGGAUGCCAACUCAACAACAAUCAUCAGCAAUACAUCAAUCUUGCCUCAAAUCCUCACAACUCAUGAAAACAAAAAUAAUGCUCUACCUUACAAGUUUGAGUCAAAUUCUACAACUCAGGUAAUUGAAACAAAUAAAGUUUAUACUACCAACACUCUACCGACCCAACAUGUUGCAUCACCAAGUAACCUGGCAUAUCAUGCCGCAACCGGCACAUCUUCUCCAUCCCCAUUGAAACCCCCAAUCAGUGAUAACCACUCUACUCACCCAUUGAAAGCUCAGAGACAACAAGUGCAUCUACCUCACCAGGAAGUAUCUUUUCAAUUUACAAGCAAUACAAUUGAUGCUCCACAGAAAAAGCUUACUAAUACCACCUGUACUGCGAUGAGCGUACAAAAUGGUAUCAAUGCUAACAAAAAUUCCCUGCUAAACGCGACAUCCAAAAAUGUUUCAGAUUUAGACCCUGGCUCAGAACCAAGAUCUUUUGGCAAAAAGAAUAAAGAAGAUGAGUGUUUAGAGAAACUGAUUCUAGGGAAAGAGGAAUAUUUAUUAAAUGAAGUGGAGGAAGUAAACAAAGACGACAACCUUAAACAAGAACUGCAGAACUUGACGUCCAUCAAUUGUUCAUUGGACGCAACUCAGUUAGACAAUCAUCAUCCAUCAAAUAUGCAAAUUGUGUCCAGCCGGUUGUACAAGUCAGAGAAAGCUUAUCAAAGAAAAGAACUAACAACACCAAUAAAGACAUACAUUGAAAUUUUUGACUCGAGUGAUGAUGAUGGUAAUGAUAAUGAACGAAAAGAAAAAGAAGGAGAACAGCCACUCAAGGUGUCUAUCGAGAGCCCAAUUAUAAUCAUAGACAGCGAUGAUGAUAGUGAUGAAAAGGGAAAAGAGUCACUUGAAAAGACAUCACAGAAGCCAAGGGAAAAGGUACUUCCAAUAUCAUCUCCCGUGAUAACAGAUUCGAACCUGAUACUGUCUUUGACGCACCAAAAGCCUAUUGCAAUUGAUCCAUCAUCACCAUCACCAUCACCAUCACCAUCACCAAGUACAACAAAGACAAAUGCCAUUGCAUCUUUAUUGGAAGCAUCAAAAUCCAAUUUGAUUUCCAAAAACUAUCAAUCUGACUCAAUAGUUGACUCUUCCUUUUCUUUCCUGAAUAUAUUAGAUACCAAUGCUGCAAUUGCAAGCAGCUCGAAACCCAAAAACUCGAAACCACUCCCAACUAUGCCAUCAUUUGUUCAAUGGUUGAGCUCCGACGAGGAGAAUGAUUCAGAAAUUUUUGAGACUCGCAAACUUGACGAGAAUAUCGAUAUGGCCAAGAAAAGAAGCUUUGAGACUAUACAAACUAAAAAGACCAGUCAAUUGCUAUCCAAUUUUUCCAACUUGAAGGAAAAGUCUCAUUCAUUUUCUACUUCUCGUUUAAUUAGUCACUUUGAACGUCAACCAUUUGAACUACAGCAGGAGCAAACUAAUUCUAAAACCUCGCAAACAGUAAGCUCGAAAAUUGCAGCUACUCUUGAUACAUGCAGACCGCAAUCGGUGAAUGUUUCUGGUCCGCUAAAAGGUGUGGAAAACCCAAUAAAACGAGUCCGUGAUGUCCAGCACGCAGAUUCUGCUCCAAAGAACAAAAAAGUUAAGAGAUCCAAAACAGUUACAUCUUUGGCUGACUUGCCACAAAUUGACAAUUUUCGUUACUCAAUAAAAGAAUUGCAAGAGGCAAAUAAGGUUAAUAGGAAAAAAGAGGAAUUGUAUGCUGAAAUGGAAAUAUGGGCUGGUUCCAAACUUUUCGGUUUAUUUCAGGAAUAUCAAGAGGACCUCAAACUGCCGAUUAAUGAAAUUUCUAUUGACCUACCCAUAAUCUUCUGGAAGCGAAACGUUAAGGCAGAGUAUAUUAAGGAGAAGGAUUAUUUUAUACCGUGUCCGCCUAGAAAAGUAUUGCAAAGGACAUUUGUUCUCUAUUACCUGGCUCAUGACUUGAUAACCUUUCUUUUACUGAACACUUUAAAGAAUGAGAUAACAGCAUCAUUGCAGCACUUGAAAGAGCGAACUACGGAUAAACAUCACAUUAUAGUUAUGGUGGAGGGGUAUGACCAGCUAAUAAAUAAAAUCAAAGCUCACAGGCAAAGACAAUUCAGAUCACAGGUAUUGUAUGGUCCGAAUGUAGAUGAACAAAAGAAGAAGAAGAAGAAUCAGAAAAAGAAAUCUGCGGACAACGAGCAGCAGCAGAUUGCUCAAUAUCCCGAGCCUCAAGAGAUUGAGAAAAUGAUAAAUCACGCGCAGCUAGAUCUCAAAGUCAAUAUAUUUACGGUACGAUCCAGACAAGAAUCGAUCAACUGGCUCAAUUCCUUUACAUAUACAAUAAGUUUGUCCCUCUAUGAUAAGUAUGAAAGAAAUGAACACCUUGCAAAUCUUGGUAAUGUUCGGUCUGGAAGCGACACAAAGAAUACUUUUUUACAAUCAAUCCAACAUUUUACAAGAAUGACUCUGUCCAAAGCAGAACUUUUACACGAUACCCACAAGUCAAUGUAUCUGCUUUAUUGCAAGUUCAGAACAAACGGCACUUUAGGAAAAGAUGUGCUAGGUAGAAACAUGGUACCGCCUACAGUUGACAGCGCAAUGUUGAACUUCUUCACAUCCGAUGAUCCCAAUAAGGUUAUAACCUGA